GAAGGCAGCAUCAACAGCUGUAGCUCCGGUGGAAACAAACAUGAACAUGAACGAAAGGAAAUGUCCUGUUACCCUGAAAAUCAUCCUCAUAGGAGACUCUGGGGUGGGAAAAUCCUCCUACAUGAACAGAUAUGUGAAUCACCGCUUCACCAACAUGUACCGAGCCACUGUAGGGACCGACUUCCUCUCCAAGACCGUCAACAUAGACGGGGACACUGUCACCCUGCAGAUCUGGGACACAGCAGGUACUGAGAGGUUCCAGUCUCUGGGUACACCUCUGUACAGAGGAGCCCACUGCUGCAUGCUGGUGUUUGAUGUCACAUCCAAGGCCAGUUUCUCCGCCUUGGAUUUGUGGAGGAAGGAGUUCCUGGUCCAGGGUGAACCCCAGGACCCAUCUGACUUCCCUUUUAUUGUCCUGGGCAACAAGACCGACCUGAGUGACCGGGAGGUGUCAGGCAGGUCGGCUCUGCAGUGGUGUGAGGAGAUCGGAGCAGAGUACUUUGAAGGAAGCGCCAAAGAAGAUCUAGACGUAGAGAAGCCGUUUCAGAGAGCGGCUCAGAGCGGCUUACAACAGUACAAAAAACACACAUUGGAAAAUACAGGACAUUUCCAGAUAACCUGCAAACAGCCGACAGAAACUCGCAACACCUGUGAAUGCUGAGAGCAGCACUCGUCCCAGUGUGGGAGGGAAAGUUCAGAGAGACCUCGGCACUGCUGAUGAUGACCUAUCUAACGAGGGUGCAAAAAUAGUGACCCAGCAAAGGUACUAUGGAAGGAAAGGACACAAUUGUAUACCACAUGGAGAGAGGAACAAACUCAUUAAAUGUUUUUUCUUUUUUUGAGAACCUUCAGCUUAUGGUCUAACUUAAGGCAUCACUACUAAAAUACACUGCUUUUGCAUGCAUGUCUAGUUUUGUUCAACAGACACACUGACACGCACAAAAUUAUGAAUGCAUAUGAAGAGAAAGUUCGCUUCUAGAAAGAAAUCGGGAGAAACCACAAACGGAAACCAAGGUGCGAGCCGGAGAAAAGGCGGCAAGCGGAAACCUUGGCUCUGAUCUUCCUUCCUGGCCGUUACCAUCACAAAUGAAUCCGCCCUUAAAAAGUAGAUAUACACUCAUGUCCAGUCAGAAACCUCCUCCCUGUACAAGUUUGUACUGUAAUGAACCUAAGCAGUGAUUCAGACUCCUACAGUGAAUCAGCUCGACAGAAGCAAAUUAGAACAAUCAGGGAGACUAUAUAUAUUUAUAUAUAUAUAUUUGUUUCUUUUAUAAGUAAAGACACAAAAGGCAAUCAAGAGAUGACCAACAUGUAAAAACAGUUUGUUACAGGUAAUUAUAUAAAAGGCCAAGAUGUUUUUUUUGUUUGUUUUAUUCUUGCUCUAUGAACGAACUAAUUUACAAGUGAGUACACUCCGGCUAUGUAAGCUUUCUUCCCAAGACAUCCCCAUUCAAAGACAUACGGGUUUACACGUCACAGUUAGCUUGCACACCAUCUGUAGUCUGAAAUACAGAGCCGUGGAAGGAAAAAAAUUAAAAUUUAUUAAAUGGAUUCACAUACAUCAAUAGGAUAGGGAAAAUAGGUCUACUAAUAUAAUUUGCCAUUCUAAAAAUUAAAGAAGAGGUGAGACACCACAUUCAUGAGCAUAAAAAGCGUAGGACAACUGAUUGGGAUAUUAUUGGGGAAAAGGUAUGAAAAGAUCUGAUGUUAUUUUUCACAUACCCCAUGAAAUUCCUUGUUUGGCAAACAAAGCAACACAAGAAUUGAGUAGUAAACAAAGUAAAAACUCUCCUCUCCCUGGGUCCACUUCAAAGUUCCCUUCAGUCCUAUAACCUCUGCGGUUCUACUUGGAACAAAUACAAAAGUCUUUCUCUCUUUCACCACCAUCUGUUAACAGGAACAUACGACCAACUGAAUGAAGAUUUUUAAAAAUAUAGUGGCAACCUCAACACAGCCACCAAUCUUCCCACAAACACAAACUAUGGGGAUGAACAACAGUUAAAAAAAGUGAUGUCUUUAAAAAUGCACACAACAUACACAUACACACAGGAGAAAAAAAAAGCUUAAAAAAUACAAAAAUAAACUACACAAAAGAU